GGGCGCUGCGCGGGCGCUGCGCGGGCGCUGCGCGGGCGCUGCGCGGGCGCUGCGCGGGCGCGGCGCGCCGGGGACAGCCCGCGGCACCGCCACCUGCGGGAGGCCCUCCGGAAGAUCAUUGACAAGGAGAUUAAUCCCUUUGUGGAUAAGUGGGAAGAAGAAGGACAGUUCCCAGCACAUAAAGUGUUUAAAAUUCUGGGACAGGCUGGUUUCCUUGGUGUGGAUAAGCCAACAGGUAGGCAAGUAUUUGUUUUUUCCUCGGAAUAUGGCGGCAUGGGUUUGGACUUCUCCUAUAAUAUUGCAGUGGCAGAAGAGCUGGGAAAUAUCCGUUGUGGAGGUAUUCCCAUGGCUAUUGGAGUGCAAGCUGGCAUGGCUACCCCUGCUCUUACAAGAAUAACCCUUCAUUUCCUGUGUUUUGAAAUAGAUAUCAAGACAUCGGCUGUGAGAAAGGGCGAUGAAUAUGUCAUAAAUGGAGGUAAAAUGUGGAUUACGACUGGGAGCCAGGCAGACUGGAUGUGGCUCCUGGCAAAUACCAGCAAAGGACCUCCCCAUCGAAAUAAAUCUCUCAUAUGUCUGCCAAUGAAUCUACCUGGCAUUCUUGUUGCUAAAAAGAUAGACAAACUAGGUAUGAGGUCAUCGGACACAGCUCAGAUCUUUUUUGAAGAUGUAAGAGUCCCCUGCAAGAACCUCAUCGGUGAGGAAGGAAAGGGUUUUACAUACCAGAUGUUGCAAUUCCAAGAAGAGCGGCUGUGGGGAGUAGCCACUGCCCUGACACCAAUGGAAACUAUUCUACAAGAAACUAUUGACUACACAGGGCAGCGGAAGGUGUUUGGCCAGCCUGUCCUGCACAACCAAACCGUGCACUUCCGCCUGGCCGAGCUGGCAACCGAGGUGGAGCUCCUGCGCUCGCUGCUGCACCGCGCCGUGGCUCUCUAUGUAGAAGGCAACGAUGUGACAAAAUUUGCUUCCAUGGCUAAGCUAAAGGCAGGUCGUCUGACCUGUGAAGUGACUGACAGCUGUCUCCAGUUUUGGGGAGGAAUGGGAUUCACCAAUGAAGUUCUCGUGAGCAGGUUUUACAGGGACUUGAGAUUGAUGUCAAUAGGAGGUGGCACAGACGAAACCAUGCUUUCCAUCAUAUGCAAAUACAUGGACAUACUUCCAAGAAAGUGAUGCAUCUGCACUCUUCCUUGAAAAUUAAGAAAGCAAGAGCAUGACUUGUACUGCACACUGAAGGUGACAAGCAGGCAGUACACUUCGAGCAGAAAACAGAUCAGUAAUUUUGCUAUCAGAAUGCAAAUCAAGGUCUUUCACCAUUACCACUCUGUGUUUUCCAGUGUCAAAUUUUUGUUGAUAUGAAGCACUCUGAAAGCUUGCAGCCUCCUGCAUUCCAUUUUUUCAGUGAGUUACCUAAGUUUUCCAAUGACCCGGGCCAAGCACACAGAAAAAAAUAUCUUCUUUAAUCAAGCUUUAUCUACACUUCACAGCAUCUAAGCUGACAAUUACGAAACAGAACUUCCAUGUGAAUGGAAGCUAUGUAGCUUAAUCUCAUUUCAGUAUAGCUUUGCUUUCAAGAUGAACAACUAUGGCACAAAUUAUUCCCUGCCAUAAUGAAACCCCAGAACAGUGCCUUACCUUCCCUAUCUUUCACUUUUAGCAAGCAAAAAUGAGCUCUGUCUUUGUGAAAUCUGUAUCAAUUUGUACUCCUCUGUUGCGGACUUUUGGUGAUGGGACUAGUGUUAGUUUUAUUUGUAGAACACUAUAAACAACUGUUUAAGUGUAUCUGAAGCUUGCAGAGGCCUGAACUUCAGCAGCAAUGUACCAUGUUGUGUUUUCUUAAUAAUUAUUAAGGAAAAUAUUAAACACAUUAAUAUGAAAA